AUGAAAACACCUUUUAAAAAUAAUUAUAUGAAUGCGUGUUUUCGAAAAACGCAUCCUUCAAUAAUAAAAAAUAAUCUUACAGAAAAAAUUGAACAAAAGAAGAAAUAUUUUUGCAACAUAUUAUUAAAAAUCACACAGAAAAAGGAACAUCAACCUUUUCAAACAAAUUUAGAUAAAGAAAAUAUAUAUGACACAAAAAUAAGAAACAAUAAAAUUAAUUAUAAAUAUAAAACGUUAAACAAUCUAAUUUAUAAUGUAAAAAAAAUUGCAUUAUAUAAUUGUAAACGUUAUUCAACUGAUCAUAAUAUUCUUAUAUCAGACAAAAACAUUAAAGAUAAUAAUAAAAUUAAAUUAACCAAUAGUUUUUUAAAUCAGACAAAUUUAAAACAUGAAAUUGUAGAUGUUCAUAAAAAGUUAACCGAAAAUUGUUUUAUAGACAAACAAAAAGAAGAAAUUUUCUUAUUAUUGAAAAGUGCAAUCAAACCAAACUUGAAAGGGAAAAUUUAUUUCAUUGGAUCAUGUGAAAAUAAUAUUUGGAUAAAAAAUUCAGAUAUUGAUUGUUGUAUAGUAGUGGAGAAUUGUGAAGAUAAGAAUUCUUACCUAUAUAUAUUAAAAGUUAUUAAGAGUGCAAUUAAUUUAAUAUAUCCAUCAUUAACUAUAAAUAUAAUUAAGGCUUCUGUUCCAAUAGCAAAAAUAUAUAAAGAAGAAACUAACAUCUGUGAUAUCAGUAUAAAUAAUACUGUAGCAAUAGUUAAUACAAAAUUUGUGUCAUCUAUUUGUAAUAUAGAUGAGAGGGUUACUAUUAUAAAUAGAAUAAUAAAAUAUUGGGCUAAGCAAAAAAAUAUUAACAACAGGUCCCAAGGAACAUUCAGUUCAUACGCCUUAUUUUUAUUAACAUAUUAUUUUUUUCAAAAUAUAAAUAAUCCCUUAUUACCAUCAUAUAAGUCUAUUGAAAGGGAGAAUGCAGAGUCGUUUGACAUUAACAGUGAAUAUUUCUUUCUGCAAGACCAUGUAGAAAUGCCCUUUUACACAAACAUAGAGGACAUAAGAAAUAAAUUUCCGAACCUCCAGAAGAACAAAGAAGAUGUUUCAAAAUUGUUGUAUGGCUUUUUUGAGUUUUAUUCUAAUGAUAUUUGUAAAAAUGGAAUAACUCUUGAUAUAUAUAAUAAUCAAAUUAUUGAAAAUAAAGAUAUGACAGCCAAUAUUUACUGCCCUAUAACAAAAAAAAUUGUAAAUACUUACAGUAUUAAUACAUGGAAAAAAAUGUUUGAAAAGUUUCAAGCAGCAUAUGAUAAAUUAAAAAAUGGAGAUAGUUUAAAUAUCAUUUGCGAAGAAACAAAAGAUAACACAUCCAACAGAAAAAUGGAUCUUAAAGAUCAUUUGUUAAGAAGAAAAAUUUUUCAAAAUUUGUUUUUAGAUUGA